AUGACUUCCGCUCAGCCCGACAGCUACGCCAAAGGACCAACCCUUGAAUCCAACGCGCCCGUAAACCCAGGCUAUCAGUUACCCACCGAGUUACGUGCGGUUCGCGUGACGGCGUGGAAAGCUGAUAUGGCACAUCCUCGCCACAUUCCAGCUUCUAUGUAUAUUCGAAUCGCUGAUGAUGCGACCGGUGACUUGUACCCGAGGGUCAGGACUCCGAUCGGACGACGUGGGAUUGGUGAGUCUAAGACUUCUAUCAAUGCGAUUAGCAUUGAGAAGAAAUCUUCAUGA